UGGUUCCGUCGCACCGACUUUAAAAAACCAAGUGCAAUCUGACACUCUACCAAUGACACCUCUGUUUUCUCUGAAAAUAACUCAAACUCUCCGCAGCAGAUUGUGACAAUAUGAACGAGAGACAGCGACCCCGAGACUCCAAUGAGAUCCGUCGCAAUCUGGCACCCACGUUUGCGGCGGCUUCGGGUGCUCCAAGUGCAGCUACUAGUGGCAAUAUGGGUGAAGCAAACCCCAUCUCUGGUCGAAAUGCAUCCGCACACAGACAGGGGAUAACAAACGCUGGCAACACACGUACACACUCGACUAGCCUAAAUGCUACUGCGUACGCAUAUGUCCAGCACGCGAAAGAUGUGGCUAUGGGAAUGCGCGAAAAGCAGCAAAAACAGACGGAGAUGAAUAGGCAUGACGUGGGGGUGAGUGCGACUCAGAGCUCAGCACUGGUGGGCGCGGGUACAGGUGUAGGUGCGCAGUUGGCUCCUGGACUACAGCAGGCCGCGAUGCAAUCGGCUGAACUUGUCCCAACAGCCACCGGGAAACAACAGCAUGACACGCUCAGAACGGCUGUGCGGCCUCCCACACUUGGCACCAUGAGUCAUCAACUGCGACCCCAAGUAAUACAACAGAGUCAACAAGCUCUAAGCCACCAACCACAGGCACAAGUUCAAGCCCAAACACAGUCCCAUGCACCAGGUCAUAUACAGACACAUGCACUGUACACGAAGACCAAAACAUUUGAGAAGCCACAGCAAUCCUUUGGAGCUCUGUUGGAGGGUAUGAAGAAGCUCAAGCAGACGCACGUGGAGAGUGAGUGCAAGAUUGCGCAGCAGAACGAAACUAUCGGCGAAUAUGAGGUCAAAAUGAAGGAGCAGAAUUCGCGACUGCAAGAGCUGCAAAAGCGGUGUGGACAUCUCGAGCGUAAGCUACAAGUAGAGCUCAAGUCAAGGGACGAGGUUCUACGCAAAAUCCAGAGUAUCAACACGUUAUGCCUAAGUCUGAAAGAGAAGAUGUCCAACAUCGACGAGGUGAUUGCAAAAGGAGAGGAGGACAAAGACGAUAUCAAACGCGAGCUCAAGCGGGUUCGAGUUGCUUUUGAAACUCUGUCCAAGGAUUUUGCUGAACUGAGCCAAUCGAGGGAAAAAGAAUCUGCGGCGUGUAUGUUAUUCAGAUUGCCGACAGGAAUGUACAGCAGUGAUCGGGGACUCUAUAAGACACAAAUUACAUUAUUUGCAAGUUAUGUAUGUUCUGGCAAUACGAUGUGUGAUGUAUGUUCUGGUAAUAUGAUGUAGUUGAAAGGUGCACAAACCGUGUAGUGUGGACAUAAUUGUAUGAGUUUGUCGUGAUAUGCAUUUAAGUUGAUUCCCGCGCUCAUCAGUGUAUUCAGCAUCAUUUCUACUAUACGACAGUCGAUGCUCAACCACGGGCGGCAGGUACAUUUAAAGCUUCAAUAGCAG